UCUGACAUUUGCCUGCUCUAUUUCUAUCAACGAGUUCUCAAAGGCAGCAUUAGAACUUUCAUCAGAACCCCAGCUGCAAUACAACCCGAUAAACCCACACGCCAUUAGGAUGAUUCAAUAGAUUCUCGCUCUAUCGCUUCUCCAGACGCACAAGAAAAUGGACAAGCUGCCACUUACUGAGAGAGAGGGGUGGGGGGUUCAUUAAAUACUGUACUGCUAAAUAAACAGGGAUGGUCUCAUUCAAGACGGAACACAAAAAGCUUUUAUGGGCCAGGCUAAUUUCGCCUCCACUUUAAAGUCCACCUGAUGUACCAAUAAUCAGGUGUAAUCUAGAACAGAGGAGAGAGCAAUUAGGGAUUUUAUGUGAAACUGACAGCAUGGUACAAGUACAAUUAUUCAGCCCCUCUUCACCCUGCGUCCACAAAACAAAAUCCAUUCACCUGACCAGUCUAUUGAACUUACAUGCAGAACUGUAGAUGGGUGGUUUAGAUCAGAGUGUAUUUAUGUUUUGGUGGCCUACUCAAAGUUCUGAUUAGUUUUACCGAUCUUGGACAACACAUGUAUGUCUUUCCAUAGCUGCUUUCCGCCCAGUCUGAUUGAUGUUGACGCUAUUUUCGCACAGAACUCUGGUCUAAAUGUGAAAAGCAGAUAAAGACGAAACCACGAAUCCUGCUGCGCCUCAACAAAUUCGUGUCACACAAUCCCGAUAAAAUACGCGCGGGUUUUAAAGCGCGACGCGAGGCACUGUGUGACUCUGUGUUGUCUAAAUGGGUAAAAGACUAGAGCGUUUGUUCAUUUUAAGUAAAUCCCGCUCGCGCGUCUUGUUUCAGUCAUAACAUUGACAUUAGUCACACUUCUGCUCCCUCCUCCUCCCGCCUCUGCUGCUCACAGUCGCCGCUGACACCUGCGACGCGUCGUUUUCGGCGGUGCGCACAAGAAUGCGCCGUCAAAAAAAAGGCAAAACCCCGUCUUAAAAGAUUGUUGAUAGCGAAACAAUCAGAAGCAUCAGCCCCUUUUCCCGUCUAAAUGGAUACAGCCAGCCGAGGCAACCCGGUGGUGGCAGCGGACGAAGACGAAGCCGUCCGUUUUGCGCUUCUCAGAGCCGGGGUUCUGGGGUUAAUUUUUGUGCUUGCCACAUGUGGCAACGUUUUCUUUUUAGUCACCCUCUGGAAGAGGAGGAAGAGGAACUCGCGGACCCAGCUGUUCCUCCUGCACCUCUGCCUGGCGGAUCUGGUGGUGGCCUUUUUCCAAGUCCUGCCGCAGCUCUCCAUGGAAAUUACGCACGGGUUCCGCGGGACGGACUUCCUCUGCCGCCUGGUAAAAUACUUGCAGGUGGUCGGGAUGUUCGCCUCCGCCUACAUGAUAGUGGCCAUGGCUAUUGACCGCUACCACGCCGUUUGCAUGCCCAUGGUCUCUUUCCUGGAGGGCUCCUUCCGGAGGUACGUCUCCAUAGGCGCAGCGUGGCUCACCUCUCUCGUCUUCAGCUCUCCGCAGCUCUUCAUCUUCUCCCUCCAGGAGGUGGAGGCCAAUCUGCACGACUGCUGGGCGACGUUCGUUGAACCCUGGGGGAGCAGGAUCUACAUCAGCUGGAUCACCGUCGCGGUGUUCGCUCUGCCUGCUGUCAUUCUGUUAUUCUGCCAGAUGAGGAUCUGCACAACUAUCUACUUCAACAUGAAGAGGAAGGCGCUGCAGUCGGGGCGCACAGGCACGAAGGGGGUCUCCAAUGCCAUGCUCAAGACAGUGAAAAUGACUUUCGUGAUCAUAAUGGCAUACACGGUGUGCUGGAGCCCUUUCUUUGUUGUGCAGUUAUGGUCUGCAUGGAGCCCCAGCAGCGCACCUACGCAAGGUCCCAUAUUCUCAAUGAUCAUGCUGCUCGCCAGUCUCAACAGUUGCACAAACCCUUGGAUAUAUCUCUACUACAGUUGAAAAAAAAAAAAAAUUCUAAAAUGAAAAGAAUCAGGAGAAGAAAAAUAAUUAACAGGGUGUCUACAAAUUCCCACCUGCGACGACUGAGGUGAAAAGGUCUUUUGUUGAACUGCGCCGGGAAGACUUUGAAGAAGAAAGGAGCGUUUGUUGUGUUCUCUGUUUGUGAAAAAUAUGCCCGCGCGCCUUUUGUGCAAAACAAAACAGAAAAGAAAAGAUGUAUAUUUAGCAGACUGUGGGAGACGAGCAACACAACACAAAUAGAUUUGAACAUGCUUCAUCUUUUCAGGAGGCAUUACGACGACUGCAUGGAGGAGCACAGCGCUGUUUCCUGCGGGAUGAAGAUAAGCUACAAAACGAGCAAUCAGAGACGUAAACCUUUUUUUUUUUUUUUUCUUCCUACCAACGUGUACAGAC